UCUCUCUCUCUCUCUUGUCCUGUCUGCUUGCAUUACAAGACACACUUGUAGCAUCUCUCUCUCUUCCUCCAUCCCUGUUUUUUAUAUCUCUCUUUUUCUUGUCUAUCUCUUUCAGUCAUAUUGCUUUUCUCAGCCCCCCUCCCUCAAGUGUUUGUGCCUUGAAUGUUGUGCACACGCAAGCAUUAAACUUAAAGAUGCCUCACACAGUUUCCAUUACACAUUUCCAGUGUGAUGGCAGUCAGUCACCCGCCGGGCACCAAAUGCAGUAUCUGUCAUCUCCCCCUCUUUUCUCACUCUCUGUGUUUCCUUCCUCUCCCCUUUCUCGUAUUUGAUUAUUUCCAGUUUCCACGUUCCUCCUUUUACCCACAAUCUGCUUCUUGUAUCCAUCCAUCACGCUCUAAGCGGAGAGGAGAGGAGUAUGAACGCACGCGGAAGGAGAGGAGAGAAAAGCGAGCGCGAGAGAGGAAAGACGGCACAGCGUUUCGUGAAGAGCAAGAGCGAACGAGCCUCUCUCUCUCUCUUUACCUCAGUUUGCGCUUUUUACAUGUGAAAGUGUGCGGGUAUCUAACAUCUGUACCAGCUGAGUUAUCGCUCGCGUGGACACGGCGGGUCGCGUGAAGCACCGGGCGCGUGAUGGUUUGGUUGGACUAGCGCGGGAAGCGCGAGACUAGGAGAAGCUCGCGUUUAAACUCUCCGUCGACUUGGGAUCAACGACAACACCUUCUCCAGCCCUCUCUGACCCGCCUCUCUCUCUCUCUCUCUCUCUCUCACACACACACACACACACACACACUCAUGCACGGCUGGAUGUUGUGUCGUUUGGCUACGUGAGGUGUGUGCGUGUCAGUGAUGGACCUGAAGGAGGGCUGUGGAAGCGAGGCCAGCCGUGAGACCGAGAGCGGAGGCAUGGGGAGCCUGGGAGGCCCCACGUCUUGGCAGUCCUUCGCCCAUCGAAGCACCCUGCACGGUUUACGCUUCAUCUUCCCCUACUCUUCGUCCUCCUCUCACCGCUCCACUUCACGCCGUCUGCUCUGGAGCGCGGCCUUGCUGGCCAGCCUGGUGCUCCUUGUCCUGGAGAGCACCGAACGGCUGGCUUACUUCCUCUCCUACCCCCACGUCACGAGUGUGGAUGCUGUGGUUUCUGGCAGCCUAGUGUUUCCCGCGGUCACCGUCUGUAAUCUGAACGCCUACCGUUUCACGCGUCUCACGCAGAAUGACCUCUACCACGCCGGGGAACUGUUGGCCCUGCUAGACGUGCACCUGCAGAUCCCUGAGCCGCACCUGGCCGAGCCCCACGUGCUGGCCUUCCUCACGGAGAAAUCCAACUUCACUAACUACCGGCCCAAGCCAUUCAGUAUGCGGGAGUUCACUGAGCGAGUGGGCCACGACCUGAAGGAGAUGAUGCUCUACUGCCGUUUCCAGGGCCAGGAGUGCAGCCACCAGGACUUCAAAACGCUGUUUCAAAGGGUUGUAAAGAAAAUGAUGAUAUUGAUUCUUGCUGAUGGUGUGGUUCUGGAUGCUGAGCUGUGGAGUGAAGAAUUGUACUAG